UCUUCUGGGAACAGCCGCCGCACGAGCAGCACUGGUGAAAAGUCGCGUUGUCCGUCGGCGCGAGCGCAUAAUCAGACACGACAGGCCGUUGUUUUUGUCAUCGCUUUUGACCUCAGCGGUCCCGGUCCCGGUCCGGAGGAAGAGUUAUGGAUUUGGUGUGGCUCGUGUGCGUCGUCCUGAGCAUCAGUACUUGGCUGGUAUCUGCUGAGCGACACAGCGUCUACUGGAACAGCACCAAUCCCAAGUUCCUAUGGGAUGAGUACAGCGUGGAAGUGAAGAUCAACGACUACCUGGACAUCAUCUGCCCUCAUUACAGCCGGGGCGAGGUGCUGGCGCAGGAGGCCGAGCGCUACGUGCUGUACAUGGUGGAGAGGGAGGACUACGAGGUGUGCAAGCCUCACUCCUUCGACCAGCUGCGCUGGGAGUGCUCCCGGCCCUUCGCCCCGCACGCCCCGGAGCGCUUCUCCGAGAAGUUCCAGCGCUUCACGCCCUUCACCCUGGGCAAGGAGUUCCGCCAGGGCGAGAGCUAUUACUACAUCUCCAAGCCGCUGCAUCACCACGGCCAGGAGUGUCUGAGGCUGAGGGUGGACGUGGUCGGGCACAAAGGCUCCGCAAAGGCCGCGGGGGACAAAGCCGCGGCGGAGGAGAUGGAGAAAGGGACGGAUGAAGGCAAAGGAAAGUUUGCCGCCGGAGGAGUUCACAACCCUUCCAACCGGCUCCCGGCAGACGACCCUGCCGUGAUGGAGCCCAACGUGCAGAGGAGUAUCGGCAACUCGGCGAUGCAGCUGGUCUCCUUGUCCCUCCUCUUCACCACGAUCCCCGUCUUAUUUGCCCUGGCGCUACACUGAGGCGGCCCGGUAUCCAGCCACGCUGGUCCACAUCCCGGGCCCGGCCGCAGCAGAGACUAUGCUAAUCCGGUGCCGGCCAUUGGAAUCAUGAACAAUUAAGGAAUUUUUACAUGGAAUUUUUUUUGUUUUUUUUUUUUUUGUUUUUUUUUUAUACGAGCAUGUACAGAGCUGCCUGUGUGUAUUUGUGUGUGUGUUUGUUGUGUUUGUGCGCGCGAGCGCGAAAGUCACCCGGGACGUGGACCGUCCCGGAAGAAGAGGACCUCAAAGAUGUUUUUUUUUUUUCUUAUUUCAAGACGGUGACAAUUUGUCUUUUUUUUUUAUGUGUGUGGACUGUCUUAGUCCCGUUUGUGACGGAGGCGCUCCUCGGUAAAAACCCGGAUCCGCGGGUGCGUCCCGCGGGGGGAAUGACUACAUGUAACCCACACACCCUAAACCGACAAAGGGGCGAGAGUUCUCCUCGUGCAAUGUUUUUUUAAUUUUUCACUUCGCGUUGGGAAACACGGCAAAGCUGCGUACUCCUCGUCGUCCCUCCCCCGCGUGUAGACAACUUAGUACUUGUGUGUAUUAGGCGUGUAGUAUGUGUGCUGUAAAGACGGUGUACUUACGGUUUUCCGUCAUGUUGUGUAGCGCUCACCCGCGGGUAUCGUCCCGACCCGCCGCUAUAGACGUCGCUGUGUAAAGGCGCCGCUGUGACAUCGUCACGCGCCGCUCGAGGACGAGACGCCGAUGCAAGCGAGCGCUUUUCAUUCGUCCAAGCAUCCAUCCGGCAGCGCACACGCGUGUGAGGGAGAAAUCUGUGAUUGUGUUGUUGUUGUUGUUUUAUCUCUCCCGUUGUUUACUUGCAUCCAUCCGUCCAUUAGCCGAACCGCUUCUCCUGCUCUCAGGGUGGCGGGGAUGCUGGAGCCUCCUAUCCCAGCAGCCAUGGGUCAGCAGGCGGGGGGACACCCUGGACAGGCCGCCAGGCCAUCACACAGGCCCCCCCCCCCCCCCCACACACACACACACUCAUACCUAGGGACAAUGCAGUAAGGGGCAGGGAGAACACGAAAACUCCACACAGAGGACGACCCGGGACGACCCCCAAGGUGGGACGCCCCCGGGGCUCGAACCCUGAACCUCCGUGCUGUGAGGCGAGCCCGCUAACCGCCUGCACCGCCCAUUUGCCUGCAUAUGAAACCCAACUGUACGGUUGGCUUGAGCUGCAGACAGUAAGAGGGGGGAGAUCAGACAGGCGGUGUGCCGUCACCUGACGGGGGCCCACAGCAGACGGGGGUUCUGGGAGCUGCUCCGGCUGUUACGCGGAGGCUCGGAGACGGAUCGGACGCUCCACAUGAGAUACGCAGAGGGAGACGAUAGGAGAGCGAGGGCUCGGCCCCUCACAGCACGCCCAGUCCCGCCCAGUCCCCAGUCCCGCCCAG